CUCAGGCAGGAAAGUCAAAUCACUCAGGUGCUAAGCAGAGUUGUAUGUUAAAAUCACACCUGAGAGCCUGGCUGGAGAAGACUGAGGUUCAAGGCUUGAAGCCUAAGUGAUUGCCCCAGGACCGUGGAUGAUGGCUGCAGAGAUCCCGAGAGUGACCACUCCACUGAGCCUCUUGGUCCAGGUGCCUCAAGUGGAAGAUAGACGGAAGGAGGAGGUCACCACCAUGAUCCUGGAAGAUGACUCCUGGGUGCAGGAAGCUGUGUUGCAGGAGGAUGGCCAUGAGUCUGACCCCUUUCCCCAGAGUGCUGGCAAGGGCAGCUCCCAGGAGGAGGUGACCAGGGGACCACAGGGUGCACUCAGCCGCCUCCGAGAGCUCUGUCGGCGCUGGCUGAGGCCAGAGGUACACACCAAGGAGCAGAUGUUAACCAUGCUACCAAAGGAAAUUCAGGCUUGGCUACAAGAGCAUCGGCCUGAAAGCAGUGAGGAGGCAGCGGCCCUGGUGGAAGACUUGACCCAGACCCUUCGGGGACAGUGAA